AUGAGGCUUUCAGGCACCGCCGUCGAGGCCGUGGUGCGCCGCGCAAGCAUCAACCAUUUGCCGGAGCCUCUCGCGGGAAAGGUCGUCAGUGUUAUCGUCGCCAUGUUAUCAGCAUGUCUACUCGCGAGUCUUUUUAUAUUUUUCUCCGCUCUUGUGAUCAACUGGAUCACAUCUCCGGGCCAAGAGUCAACACUACGGACUCUGACGCGGCCGUCGCGCGGCAUAUCCACAUUAAAUCCGGACGAAGCGGCGAGUGUUCCUCUCGAUCCCGAUGGAAACAGCACAGGGACAACCAGAAAGAUAUGGGAACAGAGACGAACCAAGACACCAACGACGAUUGGUCUCGGGUCAGCCGAUGAUCAAGACGAUGAUUCUGAACAGAACCGGCAUCUAGGGAGAGAAGCGCGAGAUGACGCGUAUGAACGGGAUACAAUGCAUUUUGAUACUCGAAACGAAGAUGCCGACUACUCUAGACAUGUCUGA